UGCAAAAAUGGAGCAACCUGUGCCAACACUGUCGAAGGAUUUAAUUGCACUUGUACUAAAGGAUUUCAAGGAGAAAUCUGUGAUAAGGGUAGGAGUUAUAAUUGUGUCGCUGAUUAGUAAGCCGUAGUAAUUAGGUACAAAUGGCGAAGAUAUAUUCCUUUGAACUAGGUGAGGAAUCUGUGGUUCACACCGAUGAAAGGUACACAGGAGAUUACACUGCUCACCAAUUUUUUCCAGUUCUUGAGUAAUUUAAUACUCUUUGGCUCUUUUACCGCUCCUCACAAGCAAACAUCUCCUUGAUACUUUAGAAUUCACAAUGUUUUUGCUACCGCGUCAAACUACGAACUAGAAAAAAAAACAAAAAACAAAAUGAGCAAAAUCUAAAAAAAAUAAAAUUUUGUGACCGUCAAGUGCUACCAAGACAAAGAAAACAUAUUGUCUCAAUUAUAAGCAGCGGGAAAAGACACGACAAAGUCCAUGAACAAAAGGUUACAUAAUUUAAAUAUGCCAAAUGGGUGGAUGUUUAGGCCUUAAAAUUAGUGAGACGUUGACCAAGCAUUUGUGUAUAAUGAUAAAUGUCAAGAAUGAUAAAAAACGAGGGCCAACAAUAUGGAUGAUGUCAAAGCUAAGGGAGGUGGAGCAACAUUGACGACCACAAAAUGCUUCAGCCAAAUACGAUUAAUAAGCGCUCUUGAUAUAAUUUCCACUAUUUUAACAUUUCAGUUGUUGAUGAACAGCAUAUUGAUAUGUGCCAAGUACGAUUAAUAAGAGUUUAUGAUGAUGAUGAUGAUGAUGAAGAUGAUAAUUUUUCAUACAAACAACUAAAGUUUACUAUAUUUCCUUUUCUUAUAGUAAUCAAGCCAAGCCAAGUCUCCCCAUAUUCAUCUUCGUCGUUAGCUGCCCAGGACCCAACAACGCAUAUUUCAACAAUUCCAAAUGUCGACCAUUUGCCUGCUACUUCUUCACCAUUUCGUAAGCACACGGUCUCUUCUCCUCUUCAACCGUCUGCAUUCCCGCCAUCGUCUUCUGUUCAGAUUACAGCUGUUUCGGAUAACAGGCGACUUACGUUGUUUAAAACGUUUCAGGAUUUUUGGGUUUUUCUGCGACGUGAGUCAAACCGUUACUAGUAGCGUACACUGUGUUUGUCAAAUCAGUAAAGGCGGCAAUAAUGAGCAGAAGCUGCAAAAGUAAAUGUUAGCGAAAACGUACCGAUUCGUUUCAGUCACCCUUCCAUAUCUGUGUUUCUUCUGGAUUUGGAAGCUCUAUAGGAACAAUAUAAACUUACCAUGUUUCAGUAUAAAGAAGCUAAAAAAACUUAGAGCUAUAAAAGUAAAACUUACUGCUUUUCAAAAACACGCGACCGAACUCUGAAGCUCAAAAGCAACGAACCUAGAAACACAAAAUGGAUCGAAAUCCAUGAAUCGCAAAUCGCGAACCAUGACCUUUUGUUUCCUAAGAGAUCCGCUAAGAUGUGAAAGCGAGAAAGCGCCAAUUCUUCAGAUUUUGAUUGACAUCACAGGAAAACCCAAAAUCCAAACUUAAGACGUUUUUGACAUCGCAGGUCGCUUGUUAACCGAAGCUGUAACUGCAAAUAAAGUCUCGCUGGUUUAGUCACGUAAACCUGUUUUUAUGUUUUUCCAUAUCGCUCUUUUACUUUUAUAGAAACUGAUUUCGGCAAAUCUCAAGGGAUCAGUAUAUGUACUAAUCAAAUGGUGUCGAGUGAAAUAAGGGAACAAUUUCACGCGCGUUUUGUAAAAAUUAAAAUUCUAAUAAUUUCCCGAGCCUUUCGGCUAAUUUACCAUUUGAUUACCUAUUAAUAUCAUGGGCGACAAAUUACAGUAGCACCGAUGAUUUUUUUUACAUGUUUGUCUUGUUUAUCCUGGAUCGUAUCGAUCGACAAGCUCUACUCUCUCAAACGUUUAGAGCUUAAAUUUGGCUUAAGUUCGGAACUUUAAUUUCAGAAUUUUUCGACAAAAUACCUGUUAGAAUCUUUCUUGAUUCGCUCUUUCGUGUGUUCAGGUUUUCUAAAGCUCCUUUAAUGCCCUGUCAUCUUCAUUCAUGAAAUGGUAAACCUUCGUCGCCAUCUUGACCCUGAGACGUACGGAAGGUUGCCAUGGCAAUUUUGUAAUUUUAUAUUUGAAAUUACAAAUUAGUAUAGGUAAUAGCAUGAUUUGUAGUGAUAUUUUGCAUAAAUACCACAAGUGAUACUUCGAAAUUGAUAUACGUAAUUUCACAAGCCGUUAGGCGAGUGAAAUUUGAAACAAUUUUGAAAUAUCACAAGUGGUACUUGUUGAAAAAUUAAACGUGCAAAUUAUGCUAUUAUUUGUUUAUACCACUACCCACAAGAGGUUUGUAAUUUUCACAUGUGGGUAUUUCGAAUUAAGUUGAAAUACCACUGCUCUAAGCCAAUCAAAUUGCAGAAAUUUCUCAUGUAGUAGUAUAAACGCCGAGAUUUCGCGCCAAAAAUAAGGAGUAAUUCGACACCUAUGAUAUUAUAAAAUCUUUACCAUCAUUGGACAGCUCUUCUUUAAUCCAAUUAAUGCGGUUCCAAGGGAAGUACACUCGCCCCAUGAAAAUAAAGAGGGAAUGUCCCUGGCCAAAAAACAAAACAAAACAAAACCUACCGAACAAACGAAAUAAAUAGCCACCCAGCACAACAAUGGCGAAGACGAUGGCAUUAGAUUGAAGGAGGAGAUCUGUUUUCAAAAAUACGGCAAUUUCUGUUUCAGUAACAGCCGCGGCCAGUACGGACGUGAGUGCUGUUCUUGUUCACUUAACAUCUCCGUUCGUAACUGCGGGCAAUUCUUAGUUUACAAACUAAAACGCCUCCUCUGUGUAACUAACGUUACUGUGGCAACGGAUUGCCAAGUACUACACCAGGUGAAAAUAAUAAUUGUUAAUUUUACACGUGCGUUCUGAAAUGAAUGUCCACAGCAUGUACCUUCUUUGAAUUGUUUUCGUCCGUCUUCGCUUAGAUAACUUGGUAGAGCACGAUGAAAAAAAUUGGCUGCCGUACUCCAAAAUAGAGCGAAUGCAUAAGAUAAAAAAUAGAAUUGGCUCUCUUGUAGCAACAUGCCAUUUCUUAAGCAAUCUAACUAAUUUGGACUCAUAGAUAUUCCACUUUAAAUCACUGCCAAGUCCUAACUGAUUUCACACUGUUCACAGUUUCUAGGGUCUGACGGUUAACACAGAUAGGGUCAAAAUCUGGCUCGUUCAGUUGAGAUCCAGUUUUAUAGCCCGAACUUGCUGAAUAAAACCAUUUCUUCUUCAAUAUUUACAUUGACUCACUGCCAUUCCUGAAUAUUUUCAUCCUCAGAUGCGUUGGAAUGCCCUCUGCAAUGGAAGAAUGGGGUAUUAUGGUUUGCUACUAGAAGAGGACAAACGGAUAUCAAACCUUGUCCAGAGGGAGCUACAGGAAUGAGUUUUUAGCUCUAGGAAUGAGUUUUUAGAUCAUGAUAGCCAUGACAAACUAUCACUGUGAACUAAAAACCCAUGAAAACCCUGUGAAUUAAUUCAUAGUCAAUUCACGUGAUUUUCAAAGGAUUUUAAUGGUAUUUUCAUGGGAAAUGUUAUAAGAUUUUUCGUGGCAUGUCACCCUGGAAAAAGCAUGAAAAAAACAUUAAAAAAGCCAUUAAAAAACGCUUAAUCUUUCAGUUUUCAUGGGCCAUGAAAACCCUUAAGUUUUGGGCAAAUCCAUGAAAUACUCAUGAAAACACCAUGAAAAUUUUGGGUUGCUUUUCAUGGCCUUUUAAUGGCAUUGAAAAUGCCAUGAAUUGCAAGGAAGGAUUUUCAUGGUGUUGUAGUUCAUGGUCUUUUCAUGAGGCCACUGAAUUCAUGGCCCAUGAAAAACCCAUGGUUUUUCCAUUAAUGUUGAAAGAUUAAUUGGCCAUGCAAAAUAUUCAUGGCUUUUUUGUGGCUUUUGGAAGACCCAUGAAAAUCAAUAGUUCAAUGGCCUUCUACUAUUUUCAUGGCGUAAACAAAAUAUAGCAUGGACCAUGAAACUACAUUAAAAGUACUUGACUGUUAACCAUUCUUUUCUGGCCCCCAAAUCAAAUUAAUUCAAGCUCACUAAUGGAAAAUUAAUGAUGAAAACACUAACUAAAUGCGUUGGAACGUAUACUGAACUUCAACAAGCAAUGUACAUGUAUCUUUGAUUGAUAUUGACUUUAUUCCACCCUUUCCAUGGCAUUAAAUAGACAACAAUAUUUUUUCCGGUAUCAUUUCAUAUUCAGACUUGCCAUCACAUGAAAAAGUUAAUAUUAAAAAUAUAUGGCUGUUUUUACUGAACAAGUUAUAUUCAACUUUAGAAUCUAAUAAUUUCCAAAAUCUUCAAAAUCUGCAAUAUUGCCAAAUAAGGAUUUUAAUAUUUUAAAAAUUCCUUAUAACCUCUUCCGAGAACAAUUCAAUUAAAUAUUUUUGCUUUCUUUCUACCUGGCAACUGUAUAAAUCUGAUAUCAGACAUAAAUCAUCAUCUAUUAAUUUCAAAAUUUUGAUCAUAAAUAAUUUCAUUUUGUCAUACAAAAUAUGUGGAAAAAGUUUUAAGAAAAUUUGAGUAGAUAAGCAACGUUUAUCACUGCAAUAUCUUUACAACUGGAACAUUUUUGAUAAUAAAAUUCUUAUAUACACUUGAAGAAGCCUUGCCUAAUUCCAGCAUAUAAUUUACUAAGAAUCAUUACAUUAAUCACGGCUGGCUGUGAUCAUGAUGAAAUAUAAAACUUUCUUUCUUUCAGUGGGUAAUAAUAAUUGUCUCAAAUUGUUAUACACAAAAACAGACACGUCAUAAAAAGGAGUACUCAGACUUAAAGUGAAAAUUUUCAUUUCCAUGGUAUCUUAAUGGCUCAUAAAAAAUUGAAAUAAUCCCCCACCACUUUCAUGGGGGUAAGUCGGGGGGGGGGGAGGAAGGAAGAGACGAGGUCUGGGAUUGAGAAACGAUGUUCUCACAACUUGCAAGGCGGUCACGAGGCGUGGUGGUCAGCGGAUAAUUACAGUAUCUUUCCCACAGUAAAUAUUUUUAGAAGAAACAAGCGAACCGGCAGAGGAAACCAGAAAUGCUCAAAAAAUUGAAAAAAAUCAUAUCAUACAUCUUUGUUUUUCUUGCACAUCGUAUUUGUCUUUCGGUACUGAAAUGCGGGGGAAACCAAAACGCAACCGUGUUAGAUCUUAACAACAACGUGCUCGAUAGAUUUAUAUAUAUAGAUAUAUAUAGGUUACAUCGUUUUUGCCGGGCAAGGAUAACUUGAUGCUGAUACAAAUUACUGGAGCAAGUGUCAAAUUUAUCGGAAGCACGUAUAUUCAAGAGAGCUUUAUAAAUAUGAGCUUAGGGCCUGUUUACAUGGAGUGGGGGACCCUGGUCUAGUGGGGUUGGUUUCUUUUGUUUUCACGCUCUGGAGGACACCAAACAAAAGAAACCUACCCCACUAGACCGGGGUCCCCCACUCCAUGUAAACAGGGUCUUACCGCUCUACAUAUCAUAACUGAGUAAAAGUUAACACUUCAUCACAUUUCACUUCGUUUAUUUCGAUCAGUCAACACCUUGAAUCCAAAGUUAAAAUUCAAAAUGAUCCUAAUAAACAAAUCACAACUACUACUGAAAGUUCUGUACCUUGAAGCGACUUUAACUUUCCUAAGGUUUGCAGCAAAACACUGCUCGAUAGCUCAACUCUUCAGCGGUUCUUAGCAGCUAUACGGAGCUGUGUUGCAUAUUCCAAACUCUGCAGAGGGAAAUUGUUUAACAGAAAAAGAAAACCACACACUAUGUCUGAAAAGUGACAUAAAAUCAAUAAAUUUGCGAAUUACCAAAAUAUAAUAGUGAGAAACAGUCCCGCCUUCGACCGCCAUGUUUUUUGGUUCUUCUCUAGACCGUUGAUCUAUGGUUUUUGACGUAAUGCGCAUGAUCAGUACACAAAUCCGCUGGCAAGACCCUGCUGAUCGCUUUGCAAGUUGUGAGAACAUCUUUUGGAUUUCAUUUAAGAGAAUGCAUGGGAAGUAGCCCCCCCCCCCCCUUCGGGGUAAGUGAAACAACACUAGUAACAUGAAAUUGACUUAAAAUCACAUGACACUGAUCUAUAUGAGCAAAAACCACAUGAAUGAAAUCUAGACAGAGCUGUCAUUAAGAGCUGAGGGCCGGGGACUGGGCGGGCUAGUUGUAUAGGAAAAUAGAAGAAAAAUAGAACCAAAAGAAAUCCCUAGCUGUUUGAUUUACCCGGCAAUGUGAAAUGGUAGUGACAUCCCUACUGCCUACAUGUUAAGACAACACAUAAAUAUUGUGCAUUAAGUAGCCUCUAGCUUCAGUCAUGAUUAAAAAGACAUAUAAAACAUACCCUGUUAGGGGAAUCUCUAGACAUUGUUCGUUUAUAAUCCAAAUGACAAGAUCAGCUGCAAUAUUCUCCCUUUUCAAAUUUACUUUACUCAGCAUACACAUCAUCAUGUACAUUUAACAUUUGGAUUUCAAUUUUUUUGUUGGAAAUAUUUUUAAAAUUGUAAUAAUUAUGAUAUUACAUGACAUAGUGGCCAGUUCUUUCCAAUUUCUGCUUAUUAAGGUUUACCAAGUAUGGUGAGGGUAAAAGGCGGAACGAGUUUGUGGAAUGGCAUGUUGCAUGGUUUGCAGAAUGACAUAAUUAUGCGGAAUGUAAAAUAUGGAAAAAGGCGCAAAGAAAUAAAUUAAACUGAAAAACAUGCGCGCAACUUUGCUGCGCCUUUUUCUGGCGCCAAUUUGAGGGAGCAACAUUUUUGCUGGUCCAUUUAUAACUGCUGGCUUAAACCAACGAGGCAAAGCAGAAAGUAGCGAUAAGCUUGACUGCAUUCAUGUCUGUGUAAUAAUAUUUAAUACUUAAUUUAUUUUUGUUGCUUUCGACAAUACUUUCUCUCUCUCUGCCCACCAUUAUAAUAAAGUCAAAUGUAAAAACGCUAGAGGGAAAAAAACGCUUGUUGAACGUGAAGUCGGGCUAGCUACAAUUCUAGGAAUCAUCAAUUAAUACGGUGAACGGAUCAGAUCAUUUUUGAGACUAAAUGAACGCCCCGAGUCAAACGUAAUCCAGAAAUGGAGUGAAGCGAACUGCUCUCUGUCUCCUUUCGGCCUUUCCACGUGUCUUCGCACCUUCCUUAUUUGUGUGAGUGUGUGCGUUUGAUCGUGAAAAAAUGCUAAAGCUGUAGGAUGGGGAAAAAAAAGAAAAAAAGACACACACUCAAUUGCCAGGAUUCGGACUCGCCCUUCUCCGCGAGCUGUUAGCUUCGCGUGCCGGAAACUUAACCAAGCAGCUUAAGAAACAAAAUACAUGUGCAAUAUCUUUUUCAUUGCUGAAUAUUAUGUCACAAUCAGGUAACCCACCGUUUGAAAAAGAAACACUUCUCACGCGGUUGCAAAUAAAAAUAUAGGUAAAAAGAAACUGUAAAGUUAAUUGUGCAAACAUUUUUGCAGAACAAUUUAAAGUAGAAGAGAGCGUGACCUUCCAAAACACUUUUUCUUCAAUUAUGGCCGACUUUCGUGCUGUAGUAUCGGUGCUGCCAUGCAGCCCGACUAAUAAAGGCGAGAAGAAUCGUUGUGGCUAUGCGGAAAAGGCUAAUCGACAAUGAGCCUUUGUGGCUUAUUGAUUGUAAUCGUAUGUCAAUAUUAACGUUUGCGGAUUGAUUGGCGCCAAAAAAGGCGCACUUUUCAGUUUAGUUUAUUUCUUUGGGUCAUUCCGCAAAUAUUCCAUUCCACAUAAUUAUAUCAUUCCACAAGCCAUGCCCCAUGCCAUUCCGCAAACUCAUUCCGCCUUUUACCCUCACCGUACCAAGUAACAGAAAAGCAAUUUAGCACUCAAUUUUCGUGAAAAGACAAAGUAAAUAAACAUCUUCGAAUAAUACAAUAAUUUACAUGUAUAUAUAUAAAAAAGCUAAAUGACUGUUUCUUUCAAAGUCGCCGAACAGCCUUGUGAACUGAAGGUCCACGCAUCAGCCUUAAAGUGCUAGUGCUCUGUUUUUUUUUGUUUUGUUUUGUUUUGUUUUUUUUUUUUUUACCUUAAUUGCAGCCAUGUACCAUACAAUUAUUAUGAAUCGAAGUUCAAAUACACAAAUCUUCAGGCUGCAUUUUAAUUUUGUAUGUAAAUUCAACUUUCAAGUCAUUAUAACUGGAAACUAUGCUUCUAACUUGUAGCAGACAUUGCAUGCAUGCAUAUAAGAAACUUAUCCUAUGUCUUCUCCUAUUUUAUUUAACAUUGGUCUUGACAAGUCUGCCAUAAUCUGCAGCUCCAGAACAUACAAUUUUCAGAGUAUUCCCUUGACGAUUUGCAACAAACAGUACAGUUAUUUCUGCAGUAAACAAAUUAAGGAAUCAGUCAAUGGCAUAUCUGUGCAUUAAUAUAUAUCAGUGAAGUUUAAGCUUAAUUGCGCAUGGUUAUUAGAAAACAUACCUUUCUGCCAUAAUCCAGCUGAGUUAACGGACUUGGAAACAUACUCGCCAUUGAUCACCUUGUCUCGAAAAUAAAGUGGAUCUUACGAAACUACUCUGUCGCUUGUGAAGUCCGCGUGAAUUUGAACUAUUCAACGGAAGUUCAUUUCACGCUUGUCUAUUGGUUCAAAAGCCGCUCGUGACAAAGUAAAUCAAAUCGCAAAUGUGCGAAAGUCACAUGGAAGCCUGGGAACAACAAACAUGGCGGCUAAUCGAGAACGUGCUUCGGUGUUUGGGUGAAAAGAGCGGUUAUUUUAAGCGUUGAUUCAAAUAUUCCAUCGUAUUUGAAGAGUUAAAUGCAAGAGGUAAACUUAGCAUUGUUUUUUAAGUUGUGGAAGAAAAUGCCGGACUACAUUAUAAAUCAAAGUUGCGACGAAAACCGUGUUGUGGACGCUGUUCGUGUUGGACAAGCUCAAAGGUACGGAAAAUUGAUUGAACUAAAGACACCUUGAACACACCAAGACUACGCCAUUGCUUAGACAUGAAAUCUAAGUACAACUCUGGCAUGAUAGAAUGAGAAGGACUUAAACCAUUUACAUAGCUUUUUUAUCAAUAUAAACACUCUGUACAUCUAACAAUAAUUAUGCAACGGUGUCGUCUGGUGUCAAAUUUAGGAACAAUUGUUUUCAUGUUCAAGUGUGAUGUUAUAAUGUUGAGGUUGCAUCAUCGUAUUUUACUAGACACCAUCAAGGCAAUUUUUAAGAUUAGAACUUCAAAGACAGUUUAAUUGAGCCCAGAGAGUUUUGUUAAGGUGAUCACUGGUCUAUUACAGACACUGGUACUGACUUUAUUCUAGUCAAUGCCUGUAAUCAAGAGGCUUCGUUGGUCUGUAAAGCUCAUAUAUGACUGCUUUUGUAGAUUUUUUGUUAGUUAUAUGUGGGAACUGACAAUGUGUCAUUCUUUGUGAAAAAAUAGCAGUUGUAUUAAACCAUUAAAAGCAAAGAGUGUCCUUCAUGGUACAACAUGGCCAAAGAUUCUGAGGUUUAAUGUUGCAGUCGCUUUAUGUUAUACAGUACUUUUACACAUUUCGGGGUGUGAUUCUACCCAGGGAACUGAUUUCUUAGAAUUUUCAUGGCCCAUGAAAUCAAUUCAUAUGGUUUCAUGGUCCAAUAUGGCACAUAUUUAAUGGUAUAUUCAUGACCCAUGAAAUCGAAAUUAUCAUUUCUCAUUUUUCACGACCCCUGAAAUCUCUGAGUGUAAUUUUCAUGGCCCAUGGAAUCUAAAACACACCAACUUUUCAUGGCUCAUGAACCCUGGUGCCAGAUAUUUCAUGGCAAUUUCAUGAGCCAUGAAAACCAUUAUCAACUUUUCAGAGGAAAUUCAUGCCCUUAAAAAUGCUUUCCUGGGUUUUUAAAGACAUUUUCAUGGGAUUUUCAUAACAUUGCAGUUCAUAGUGUAUAUAUCCGCAUGAAAAAAAGAACAAAAAUAUACCUAAAUAAAUUUAAAAUGCCCAGAGUUUUACCAUGGUAUAAAAAUAACAAAUAACCCAGUCAAACAAGACGUACCUAUAAAGCAAGACAUGUUUUCAAUGCUAGAUAAUAUUUCCCAAUUACAUGCAUUAAUUCGCUUUGAUCGGGUUAUCAGUUGUGGAUUGUGACAUAUUUCCACGUGCACGGAGGUACAUAUACUUUCAUAUUCUUUAAUCAGCACCUACCGGCUGCUUGAAUGCGUAAGGCUAAGCUAGGCCUAAAGUCGAACUUUUCAUGAGACGAACUUAAUUCUAAUUUGGGCCCGACCUAAAUUAGAUUAAGAUCAUCUGCUGGGUCAGACGUCGAACUUAGGACGCACCGAAACAAACAACUGAAUCAGACCAAAAAGUAAUUUUAUUAAAUUUUCUCUCCAACGAGCUGAGGCUAAAUAUACCUUAUCAAACAAUUUUUUAACCUUCGGAAGUACAAGGUGGGGGGGGGGAUGCCCCCCUCCCCCCGAGGUUUUUCUGAGUUUUUCCCUAGAGGAUAAAACAUCAGUACCUGACGUUUUUACUAGCUUUUUUUUUUUCAUCCCUUGCGCACUUUUUGAGACAAGUUCAGUGAUGGCUAGUUGCUAUGAUUACGAGAUAUGACGUCAUAAGUAGCAGGUGGUCAAGUCAUUUUUGGGUUAAAAUACAUUUUUUUUUUCAACUUCUUUUAACAAUAAAAGUAAAUCUUGUAGCUAAAAUCACGCAAAGUGUUUAUUUAUGUGUUAUUUUGCAUGUAAAGCCCAAAUUAUACUAUUCCUCGCAGUUUUAACCUGAUUUCUAAUUCUUGAUAACAUCCAAUAUGGCGACCAUUGUUGGUGAGGUCCCACGACCUCCAGCAGCGCCACCACCCAUAAAAUAUAACUCAUCUUGUUAAGAAGAUCAAAGCCUUUCCACUAAAGGUAACAUGUCAGAAACUCCGGGGAGGGGUUCCAUCCACCCCCGGCCCCUUGUUCAACGGUGCAUGUAUGUCCGAGGGUUAUUUUAUCAGUUUAGUUCAUCGCAUGUGAAGAUCGACAUUUGUCGUGUUGGACGAUCCCUACUAAUUCAGACGAACGUAACUGGGCCAGACCUCGAACUUUCAUGAACUUAACUCACUAAGUUCGGCAACUCUCAUGAAACGUUUGAUGUUUGGCCUAGUCCUAAGUCAAACGUUUUUCAGGUACAGCAUAGCUAUUUGCAAUUUGCCUGUCGUUUACAAUGUUUUGAGCUCGGGGGUAUGUUUCAUAAACAAGUAAAUAAGAUGAACUGGGUAUAGAAAAAUGAAACGUAAUAUUAUUGCCAGCUUAUCUUCUAAACAGAACAAUUGAACAUUAUCAUCAAUCCCCAGUCGAUGCAAGUUUGCUAUUUACACAUUUCUUUCUUUGUAGGCUCUUCGUCGCGAACGUGUUCUAAGGCAGGAAAUUGGAGAAAACCGAACUUUACAGGCUGCGCUUCUCCUGAGUUUCUCAAGCUCGCUAACAUGGUAUAUUGUUAUCUUAUUUGAGAACAGGAGACCUUCAAAAAUUAACAAUUAGAAUCAACAAUUAGUCCUCUCAGGCGACGUGAAUAUCGGCGAAUAGUCACUGAGACGAGGUAGAGGUGACUAUUUGCAGAUAUUCACGUCGCCUGAGGCGACUAAUUGUUUUAGUAUAAUUACAUUCAUGAUUAUUAGAGAAAAUAAAAUUAUUGAUCAAUUUCCGACUCCGAAAUAUCAAUAAAUCUGGCUGCCAUUUUAAAAACUGCUAGCCUUCAAUGUUAUAAUCACCGCGCGAUGAUUAUAGCGGGAUAAAGCAAAGCUCCUAGCCAAUCAUAGCGCCCUAUUUUCGAUAAUCAUCAAUGUAAUUAUACUAAUAGAAAAGAAAGAAUUUUCCAUUUCAAAUUGAUAAAAGAAACAAGAACAAAAACAAAAGAAAAAAAAAACAGUUCUGAGUUUACAAGGAAAUAAGUACAGGUAAUACCGACGAGUCAAUCUUUGUCGGCCUGUUUAAUUUUGUCCUAAUAUGUUUUCGUUCGUGUCUCUGUAACACAGUGUUGUUAAUAAUGGUUAUUUGCGCUAUUUACAUUGAAGCUUGACGGUAGGCCAUUUGCACGAGGCAUUGCUUGCUUAGUGCAAAUUAGGGUUUUUGUUAUCAAAAACCUUGCUGGGAUUACCAAAUUACAAUGAGGAAAAAAAAAAAGCGAGAUGAAUUCUGGUCUUACUGGUAAAAAGACGUCAUCUUACAAAUGGCCUAAAGUAUUAAAUUCACAAAUCUAGUGUUAGAUAUGGCACCAGUACAAUGGCUUAUAAGAAUUCGUCCACACGAAUCUUAAUUUUUUUGAAACCACAUUUUUUUCUCUUUUCUUUACCGUUUCUUUUCUUUAUUUCUUUAUUUCUUUCUUUAUUUAUCUUUCAUUUUACACGAGGACCUUCCGUCCACACAAAACUGAGUGAACCCACUUGUUGAAACUGCAUCUUUUUUAAUCGAAACUGUACUCUCCAGAAUGUUUUGUUUUGUUUUAUUUUAUUUUGUCUUUUGUUUCUUUUUUGGAUCCGUCAGAUUUGCAAAUUCGUGUAGGCGAUUACAACCGGAUAUUUUCAAAUUUAUUUAAUUAUGCCGUUUUAUCCUGUCUUGGCUUGUAGGGACGAGGCCUUAAAAGAAAGACUUCUUUAACCUGAACUUAAUUCUAAACUGCCCUUUUCAUUUAGACGCACGCAAUUAUGGGUGGCCUUCAUUCAGACCUCAAUGUUGGACAAGUGCUUUCAAAACUCUUUAGUGUUACACAGCCAAGAAGUAACAGCGCUAGCUCCUCAAGACCGGCACAGAUCUAUGGGGGAGACUUGAUUAUAGCAACGGAUAUACUUUUUCAAAUAGCUGAAUAUAAUGAUAGAUUUGGUAACGUUAGUUCGAAAGAAGCUUUCCAAAACUACGUAAAAAUGGCCAGUAAUUUAUUGGAACCAGUAAACAGAAGAACUUGGAUAGAUCUUGAUAAAGUAAGUCUGUUGACCUGGCAUUAUGUUGCAUGGUAACAUUGCCAUUUCUUGUUUACAAGACUAGCUUCUUUAAGAUAUUUCUCUUCAGCUCAUGUCAAGACAUCAGAUAUCAAAACGUGACUGAAGAUUCGGAGAUGCAGCAGAAUUCUUAAACUGACUAGCUACUGCUCAUUACCUACAAAACUUCCCCGUACACGUGUCCUUAUAUCAUUGUGGCGCCUACGCUUAUUUCCAAUAAACACUGCUUCUCUGCACCGAUCAGCUAGCGAGAUUUAGGUGCGUGUGUGCGCGCAAUUUGAAUAUUACAACCUGUGAUCAGAAGUUCCUUUGGAACAAAAAAGAAGAAGAAGACUGAGCCACCUCACCACGACCUUUCCUAUGCAUGUUAAGUUUUAUUUGUUCUUUAUAGUUGAUGUGUUUGUAAGUUAUAACCUAUUCCUCUCUCUUUACGUUCUUGGCUUACUAAUAUCUUGCUAGUAACUGUGCCCAUUUUUGUAGGUAGCUCUCUUUAAAACGUUUUACUAUAUAAAAGGGUAUGGGAUUAAAUAGAGCCGAAAUCAUUUGUGGAACCUGCCGAUAGACAGUUAAGACAUUUAGAUAUUUGCCUCCCUCAUCUGCAGGUGCUCAAAUAAGGCGUGCACAGAUUCUUAAUGCAAGUGGGAGUGCAAAACUUGGUUGGUAAGCGACGAGGGAAGCGCCCUUUUGAGUUCUCGCGCUUGCGCUCAGUCGACAUCCAAUAACGCCCCAUCGAAGUUCUGCGGAAAAGUCUACAUAAUAAAUUGUAGAGCUCAAAAGGACGUCGGACACCUCUUAAACCCUUGUCCUUAAAGAAAACCUUAAUGUUAAAGUUUUAAGUUUUAAGGAAAAGAGAAGAAACACCAACUUAAAAGACAGCAAAGAGCCUUGAACACUGUCAGAUACUCAUGGGCUCCUGACACGGUUUACUACAUUAAAUUUACUAAUAGCCACUGCGCUAAGGCGGUGCAGUCGGUGUCAACAGCCAUAUAAUCGGCACAAGAGCAGUAAUUUUUUUUAUAGUUUUUCUGAUUGUAAAACACAAUCGAAACUCUAAUUUAUAUCUUUUCCUACCAACUGGGCUUCCGUUUUUAUUGACCUUAUCAUAUUCUUAUUGGGUUUCCAAAACAUUAAUUUCAAGGUAACCAUAACUAUCACUAUACAUAGUUGCAAAACAUAAUCGCAGCUCUAUGUUUUGCGCUUUGUUUUCGUUCGUAGUAAUGAAUUUCUACUUACGGUAGUCAGCUUUUCUUCAUAAAACGAUAUAACAAAUGGUACGUUGUCUAAAGCACAGGAGUGUUCUACCUCCUUUUGAGGUAUAGUAUAUAGGACAGGAUUUUCACAGCAACAACAAUUAUUAAACUCGUUUGAAUUCUCCACAGGCUGGUCAAAACAAGGGUCAAAUGAUGGUUAAGACGAUGGAUGCAUAUGGACUGGGAGUCGCGGCCACACUUAACGCAUCGACGAAAAUGGUUUUUCAAUCCAGAAAUUUGAUGAUGACGAUUGAUUACGUUGAUCAAAACAGCACGGUACAAACAACUCAACUUGUACUCUAUCAGUACAAUGCUAUUAGAGCCCCUUCCAUGGGCCGGUUACCGGGACAAAGCAAUAUUUCCUUGGGAUCACAUGAGAAACUUCAGCCUGGUUUCUGAGACGAAAAAAAAGGCCGAAGACCCGGGCGACGAGCUCUAGCGCGAAAUUCGAGAAACAAAGCAAACAUGGCGAAACAGAAAGUCAAAACUUUUGCGCCUAUCAUAGCUUUGGCAACUCUUCUAGAUGUAUCACUGCAGUCAAAUGGGAUGCUUAUAAUGUUGAAAAUACAGCAGGCAAAGCAAGACGAUACCAUCCGGGCCGCUAAAUUCAUCCCGUCUUCAUCUAGACUAGGCUGAAUUGUUCAUAUGGCAACCCGCUUACCGAGGCCUGACGGUUACCGAGCCAGCCAGCCUUUUCCUAUGAGAUCCCGGAAACUGGGCCAACCCGGUCAACCCGGCGGGCUGAUGUGUGAAGAGGCCCUUAAUAAACUAGAAAUGCGUGUCUUGCAAACCCUGGCGAAACUCAGGGAACCAUUCAAGUUAUAGCCUGUUCCAGGCGUUCAGAUAGUGGGGAGCGGUGCGAAGUAAAAAGGAGCGCGAUAAACUAAAAGCGAGGGAGGAGGAGAGGUGAGAGAGGGAACGGCUGUAAGACUUGUCUUAAAUAGACUCUUCCGCCCACUCAGACCGCAUCAGCUAUAGAUGGUCUUCACUUGUCAAUCAUGACUGGUGUUACAACCCCAUACAUUUAUUACUUUUCUUGCGAAUAAAUCAAAAUUUCUCAGAUCAAAAAUUAAUAUUAUGUGUACAUAAUCUUACUAAAAACCUAAUGUAAGACUUUCAGACAACAGACAGCGGGAGAAGUGUUCAUGUACAAUGAAUUUUUGUACGGCCUUAAAACAUGAUUUCAGCGUGUACAUGACAAAAAAUUAUGAAUCAAGCGACAAACAAAUAUCGCUAAUUUCGAAAGAAAGCCGUUAACUCAAGCAAUGAAAGUGCACAACAAUUGAAGGGAAAAUUUACUAUUCGAUGAUUGAGUGAACCUCGUCAAUUGCGAUGAUCGCAACUAGCUUUCCAACCUUUUCUUUCUUGAAGUCCUUUUGUCCAUUCCUUAGACAACCACGAUUUGGGACUUCAGUAUACAAUUUCACAGCUUCCCCUUUUAACUCCGAUUUUGUUCAAAUAUUCCACUUGGUCUUUCAUGAUGGCAAUCAACAGAGUUACCACAACAAUCGUAAAUGGCAUUCUAUCCUGCCUUCAUUCCAACUUACUCUUUAUUCGAGGAAAAAGUUGGAAAAUAAGACUUUUUCCAAAGCCAGUCGGUAAAAUUUCAAAGACAUCUAUCCUCCCGACUAGGUGUUUUAAACAGUUUCUUUGCUCUUCGUGUUUAGCCUCCACGUUUGGGAAGUCACUUAGCGCUGUGGUUGUUGCGAGUUCGAAUUCUGCGUGACGGGAUGUACAGUCUCUCAUCACCGCGAAAGCGCGUUUCUCUCUGUGAUGGAACACGCUCCACUGUUGACAAAAACUGUCAAAAUCAACCAAUCAGAGGGUAUACCAGGAUCUGGUAUACCGGAACGCACUUUUGUCAAAAAUUCUUACAAGAACUCAUGCACCUCUCUCCCCAAUCCCCCUGUACUUUUCAUCGCUUUCUUUACUUCGCAUCGCUCUCCACUAUCUGAACGCUUGGAACAGGCUAUUCAAGUUAACGCCUGCCGGGCGGGGUAAUGGAAACUGGCUUAUGUUGAGAGACUAGCUAGAGACCUGUUUGGAAAGUCCCGGUAACUUUUCAGGCCAGCAGGAAAGCUAUUUUGUUUUGCUGUGUUUCAUUCAAGAUCAAAGUCUCAAUAAUUUUAAAAAUACUGCAAUGAAACUAUCAGUUAACGAAGCAAAACUGACAUUUUGUGUGUUUGGAACUGUGCUACUAUUCAACUGAUUUUGAUUUGAGAAAUUUGCCUUCGGGCCAGAAAAGUUUCCGGGUGUUUCGAGAAACGGGCCCCAGCCGUGAAUAUCCUUCUAUUUAUUUUUUUGGUUUCAUUGCCUUCGUUGAAUCAUUAAUGGUCAGUUGCUAUGGUUACGAGAUAUGACGUCAUAAGUAUCAGGACGUCAAGCCAAUUUUUCGUGAAAAUACAUGUUUUUUCAUUUUUUUUCAACAAUAAUGGUAAAUCUUGUGACUAAAAUCCUGCAAAGUGUUUAUUUAUGUGUUAUUUUUCAUGUAAAGCACAAAGAAUUACUAUUCCUCCCGGUUUUAACCUGAUUUCAAAUUCUUGGUAAAAUCCAAGAUGGCGGCCAAGAUGGCGACCCUUCCACUAAAGGUAAAAUCGUUUCAAAAUACUGUAACAUAUCAAAAACUCCGGGGACGGGUUACAUCCACCCCCCGCCCCCCUUUUACCACGCUGGGGGUAUGAAUUUUCGUGUACGUCCGAGGGUUAAUAUGAAGCUACAAUAGGUUAGAGUUGAUUAGUAGGUUCUUUACUCUCUAGAAUAGGUAUUCAUUCUUUUUGAUUGCAUCUGACAUGUAUUUGUCAAAACCAAACAUAAAAUAGACGAAAUGUUGACAGACAUUUUAGAAUGGACACAAACUUUGCCAAGGAAAAGUAGUAACGACAGGUCAGGGAAUUGACCUAUAAGAAAAACGGAGGGUUCUAAAAUUUCUUGAUAUUGCAGGGAACCCGCUUAAAUUAGAGCUUUGCUGUGUGUUUGAGUGUCUAUAAUGUGAGAGGUUACGCUCAUUUUCUCUCUUUCAGCUGCGCAAAGAUGGUUUGCAAGUUGCAUACAAUCAAAGCUCCAUCUUCUCACCUCCACAAGUGUUUCAUUCCUCUCAAGAUUCCAAAGUUGUUACCUUGGUUUAUUUGACAUUGGGCGGUGUGUUAUCACUCAAGAAAAGAACUGGUGGCAAGAUGUUUCCCAGAAGUACCAUCGUUUCUUCCACCGUUGAGCCCAGGCCCCUGGACGACUUAAAGAACCCUGUUAAGAUUAUCCUUCAAAACAGAAAGGUAUAAAGACAGUUUUGGUCACAAAGUUUUAUUUAAAUACGGUCAUUUGGUCGUCGAUCGUCGACGGCUGCAUAGUACAUGUAUUUCCUUAAAAGGUCAUUUUUUUAGCGUUGGUCCUAAUUCUCAAAGCCAGACGUUGAAUAGUUGGCGUAGUUUGGGGUAUUCUGAUUGACAAAUGACACAUGCAUGGUGAUGUGCGCCAUACGCACCGGCGCUGGAAAUUUCAGGAACUCUACCAUAUGGCUACAAGAUUUAGAGGUUGCUGCAGUGGAUUUUUGCAAUUUCCAAAAUAAAAUGAUCGGCACUGUUUCAGUCUCAAUUAUAUUUCGACUGUCUUCACAUGACUACAGAGAACAGGCCCCAGUUGUUCGAAGGCCGAUUAGCGCUAACCGAGGGUUAAAUUUUAACCUUGGUUUCUUUUUCUUUUGUUCAAAAGCGCUUUCCCGGAUAAUUUUCUUUAUUCUUUUAAGAGCAACAAAUCAUCAAAUUGUAGGCAAAAAGAAUAAAACUGAAUUUGCCUUUUAAGCUUUCAUAUCUGAAUUCAAAUGUCGUUCUAACCCGGGUUAUCUUAACCCUGCUUUGAACAACCCGGCCCAGGAAAUUAAAUCGAAAGGGGGAAAGAAAGGCUUCAUUCAUAACCAUUUCACUUUCUUAUCUAAUGUUAGAACUGAGCCUGAGCGUUAUAAAUGAAGUACUUUCAGCAACACCGUGGUUAACAUAUUUGAAGUUCAUCUGUGUCUCUUUUCAAGGUGCUUCCACGUGCCCUCACGUCAAAGGAGACGCAUUGUGUCUUUUGGCGCCCAAAAGAACCGCCUGCCAUGUGGAAAACCAGCGGCUGCCAACUUGUCCGCAGCCAGUCAAACGCCUCGAUCACAACAUGUGAAUGUGACCACCUAACUGUCUUUGCAGCUCUUAUGGAUCCAUACGGUUUAAAUGUAGGUACUACAUAUUUGUGAUAGAAAGAACAGUCAAUUUGGAUUUUCUCUACUUGCUUUGAAUGCGGACGUUUCCUGGUCCUUUUUAAUUAUUACAUUUCCCUUUGAAUUAGAUCGCGUAGAUUCCUACUGACACUGUUUACCUUCGCACAUGUCUUUUAAGGAGCUAUGCCAAGAUUUCUUGGCUUUAUUACGAAAAAAAAAUGUUGAAAUCAAAGACAAUCAAUAAAUAAUUGUUUAGUUCUUAAACUUAUUCUACUACUGAACUUCAAUAUAUAAGUACAUGUCUUUGGCUUUCCAUGGCCAGGAUGGAGAACGACUGGUGCGGUAACUUGACAUAAUUUGGCUGACGUUUUAGGUUAAACUUCGGUGUUUUCGAAAAAUUACCAAAAACAUAUUAUCAGGUUCCACUUCGGCAGAAUCAUUAUUUGAUAUUCAGUCUUUUAGGCUGUCCCAAGUAUGAGCAAAGAUGCCAGAGAAAACUUAGUUAUAAUCUCAAUGCAGCUUUGAUAAUGAAUGUGGAACUCGCUAUGACUUAGGGCCUGUUUACAUGGAGGUGGGGGACCCCAGGUAGGAGAGGUAACCCGCUUAAGUGGGGUAAGAAAUAUCCGUCCAUUACAUGCAAUCUACCCCGCCAUCCCGGGUUGCACUUUCUCAAGAUUAUUGAAUGGUCGCUGAGUACGUAAACAAGAAAAAUGCCGGCAAACCACGUGCUUUGGCGAUUAAUGCUCGUCUACACUCAAAUGUUGCUCUUGCUGCCACCUUCAUUGCUGUGGCUUUAAUAAUGAUGCAAAGCCACCGUCAAAGUGAAUUUUGUGCGAAUUUGAAUCCAACCCCGGCUAGUGGGGUUACCCCACCUUGAACGUUUACAUGGCAAAAUUUAACCCCGGCUGAGAGGGUUACCCGGUCUGGCAGACCGGGCUACCCGCCUUGGUGGGUCACCCCACCUAUCAUGUAAACGUGAUCAAAUUAAAAUGAGAGAUCAUAAUUAUGGACAUGUGGGUACCCCGCCUAAGCGGUUUACCCCACCUACCUGGGAUCCCCCACCUUCACGUAAACAGGCCCUUAAGCCCUUUUAUCCGCCACGUUUCAUUCCAGCUGUCUUAGUCUGAUUUUUGCCACGUUUCUUGUCUAUAAAAUACUCCCCAUUCUUAGCUUGAAUUGUUGCCUAACCCAAAGACCGAAGAGUGCUUUGUAUCUCGAUGAGUAAACUUCGUAUCAUAACUAACAUUUUAAUAUUCACUGCUUUGAUCUUUCUGCUACAUGCAUGCUGUAGUGAAGCCUACGUUUUGUCUUGUCUUUGACUAUCAAAACAUUGCAAUUAACGGAAAUAGCGUUUUCGGGUCAAGUAAGUAUACCGUGGUCGAUUCUAACCAACUAUCUUACCUUUUUUUAAGACGACAUUACCUCACAAGAAAGCCUUGGAAAUCAUAUCGAUAAUUGGCUGUUCCAUCUCACUGUUUUCUGUUCUUCUUACCAUGGCUGUUACUUUGGUCUUCUGGAGGGAAAUUAAAUGUUCGAGAGUAAAAGUUUUGCUAAACUUAUGCGCUGCCAUUGCCUGUAGUUGUAUACUUGCUAUAUUGGAAGGCUCAGCAAGAAACAAAGAGGUAUGUAAAAUUUUUCAAAUUAGAAGACAAUAUCGUGAUAGACUCCACACUAUAGGACACUUGCACUGCGAUGAUGUCGUUUUUCUACAACUUCCAAAAUUCUUCAGUUUGUUGUUUUCUUCUUGAAGAAAUUCAUCAGGCUAGUGAAGUUAAACAGUCGACAAUGUUAAUUAUGUUUUUCAAGUUUUGAUAAAGAUGGCUGACAGUCAUCGAAACUGUCAGCAGCAAUAAGACGUUAAGACUGGCUAUGUUCGUUGUUUUCUUGUGUAGAUUAGAGGGCUAUUGAUUUAUUAAACGUCAGUGAGACUGACAAAUUUACUAAUAAGAAAGCAAAAACUGAAAUAAAUUCUGAUAGCUGAAGUCAAAUGUCGCCUAUAGUGUCCCCACCAAGAGCGGGCUCUUGGUCGCCACUGAUAAAUUGCCCAUCUGAAUAUUUAAAGAAAUAUUCGAGUCAGCGAAGUAAGCCUCUGUCGGUCGUUCACGUAUCAGAAAAUAGCUAUACGCCGCUUGCACAUCUCCCAUAAUGCAAAAUUCACCCCCCCCCUUUCCGCCACCACCCCUCGGAUUUUUGCAUAAGCAUUGUUUUCAAUUUGUUUUUGGGACGGCUGUGAUACCCAAAAUGCAAAAUUUGGGGGAGCAAGUGAGGUGCAUUGUGGGAGGUACAAGUGGCGUAUUAAAUAUAUAAGUUAAAAUGAUUUAUAGUCUUCUGUAUUAUCUUAACUUGUAGCCCGAGUGCACUGUGGUCGCUGCCCUACUGCACUAUUUUUUGCUCGCCCUAUUUUCAUGGAUGCUGUGUGAAGGCAUACUGCAUUACAUUGCUAUCGUACGAGUUCUUCAUGGACACGCUGAGGAUAAAGUCAAGUUCUUUUACUUGUUCGGAUGGGGUAGGUAGACUCUCUAAGAUUUUCCUGUUGGAAGAAACGAGUAUAUAAUACUGUGUAAGGCUGUUAUUAUCCCUGUAAAACAGGACUAGACUGGACUCUUCGCGUUCAUUUGAAAUAUAUAAGUCUGUUAAAUAAAUAAAUAAUAAAAUGAAAAAAGAUACCUGGCCUACCAGGAAGGAGAUUUUAGGUCAGUCCUGCUAAGGGAGGAAAAAUUACGACUACAAAACGCCGUUGUGACUAAAUUACCAACAGACUUAAGGUGGCUCCGUAAUUAAUACGAAACCAUUUAGCUGUGACAAAUUUUCCGUCAUAACUUUUUCGUUUUUACGCGAUCCCUGCGAAACUUUGCAAAGAACAACAGAAGUCAUUUGGUAAUAAUGUGAAAUUUUCCGAUUUUAUUGAUGGUCAAUAUUUCUUGAGAAAUUAGCGCUUAAAAGUACCCUACUGUUCAAAGAAAAUCGCGUCUAGCAAAAAAUUUUCCUGAUAUUAUUAACUGAAAUUUCUGGUAUCGGCUUUUAUUGAUAUAAUAAAUAUGCCAAAGAAAUUUCAGAAAAAUCGUUGGAGCAGAAGUCCAUAACUAAAAGUCGCUCAAAAUUCAGCUCUAAAAUUGUUUUAGAUUUCAAAAAUAAAUUACUAUCAGGUAGAAGGAGCCACCAGUUCGAAUUUUCGGGACAAGUAAAUUCAAUAUUUGCCAAUUCUGAAAAAAAAAAGCCGAUUGCCCAUCGUGCUAUUCUUUAAAAUUAACUUUUUAGUUUUAGAAGCACUAUGAAUUGCUCCAAACCUUGCUCUGAAGUCGAAUGACGUCUUCCUCGACAUUUUUAUAACAUCACAAGGCAGUUUUGGUUCAAACUACUGCUACAUACAUUUUGACGUAUCGCAAUGCAUCCUCAACGGCUUAUCCUACUGUACGUUGCUUCCAAUUCAGGAAAAAGGUAUUCGGAUUGUAAGCUACCUUCUAUCGAAGCUCAGAUAGGACUGUCCAGCACUUUUGUUUAUGAUCAGAAAAUGAGCACGAGCGGCAGCUCUGCGAGGAAUUCGCACCUCAGCCAGGGGGGACGAAUGGCAAUGAUGCCCAUGUCUGCGAACUGAACUGUAUAAACAUGUAUUGCAGAGCAAAACAAAAUAAUCAAGAAAAAAAACUACCCAUUCAUUGAAGGAAGGAGUGACAAAAAUUUCAGAGUUGUAAAUUUAUUGACGGGGAGUAUUUUUGCGAUAAUUUUAUUUUGCACUGUGGUAUGUAAUUCGGUUCACAGGCAUGGGCAUCAUUGUCGUUUGUCCCCCCUGGGUGAGGUGCGAAUUCUUUGCAGAACUGCCACUCUAGCUCAUUUGUAGUCAUAAACAAAGGUGCUGGACAGUUCUAUCUGAGCUCUGAUAAGAGGUAGCGUCCAAUCUAGCUCAAUACCUCUUUCCUGAGUUGGAAGCAACAAACGGCAGUAAAAGUCGAUGAAAAUGCAUUGCAGUACAUCAAAAUGUAUGUAGCAGGAGUUUGAGCCAAAACUGCCAAGGGAUACAACAAAACAAGUCAUUCUACUUCAGAGCAAGGAUUGGAGCAAUUUAUAGUUCUUCCAAAACUAAAAAGUACCCUUUAAAGAAUAGCACAUCUUUUCGUCAUCGUUUUUCAGCAAAAGAAAAAUAAAAACGCUGCUAAGUAAGGAAAAUCUUGCGAAUGUUGAGAAUACAAAGUUCCUCACGUUCAGCUCAAUUUGAUUUAGUGUAAACGUGGUCACGUGCACCUUUUGAUCGAUACUGUCGGCUAUAAAGCGUUUUCCCUCACAUGGUCAGUAUCUAUGUAAAUUUAUUGGAACAAAAGAAAGCGUUUGCACAAGAAAAGAGUUCAACUCCUACAGGAUUGGUUUGAGACACCAACAAGGUCGCCGUUUCAUUGUUUUGGGACACCAAUAUGACCGCCGUGACGUCACGUGAAAACACUCUAUAUCACAUAAACCUGACUAAGAAUCUAGUUUAAAUUCCAUCACUUCAGGGUUUCUUGUAAGAAAGCUUAGUAGGUAACAUGAUUGUUGCGUCUUUUCUGCGUCUAUACAUGAAAAUAUAAACAAAAACAAAAAUAAAUAAAUAAAUAAAUAACGAAAACAGCCGAAAAAAGGCACCAAUAAAAGAACAAAGAAAACAAACCAAGGGGAAAAAAACACACACACAGAAUAGCGGCAUGAUGCUGUUAAGAUGUUAUUAUGCGUGUCAUAUUGGUGUCUAAUUACCGUAAAAUUCCAAUAAUAAGUCCGGAGGGUUAUAUUUUUCAGAGGCCCAUUUUGAGGGGUUUAUAUUCAGAGCGGCUUAUGUAGGGAGGGAAAUUCGCGUUUCCAAAUCGAUUGGACUAGCCUCAUACUUGAAAGGAAGUUUACCAUUUUUCUUUGUUUUACUUUGUAUUUAAAGGCAAUUUCCAAACUUCCAAGUACAAGCCCCCCCCCCCCGCCCCCACCCCUUGGAGGGGCGAUUUAACGUUAAGAGUUUGAGAGGCUUCUAUUUGGAGUGGCUUAUACAUGGAGGGGCUAAUUUUCGAAAUUUUACGGCAUGUUUUAAAAUUUCUAGGUUUUCCAGCCAUAAUGGUUAUAAUUUCGCUGUCUGUCACCCAGCUGAAAAGAUAUGGUCACAAAGAAGCUUGCUGGUUGAAUGCUGAUGAGGGAUUGAUUUGGGCCUUUAUUGUCCCAGCUCUAGGUGUUAUUCUGGUCAGUAAAAAACACAUUGAACGUGUCUAGUCUUAUCAUGCCUAACCCAGGCGCGGAUCUAGGAUAAGUACUGACUGAUUUCCUGAACGAGCACCGAACUCGCAAGUUUAUCCGGGGGUAGGCUCCCCAAGGAAAUGUUUUGGAUUUUUUAAAAAUCCUUUAAGUCCCCUUUCCUGGGUUUCCGAUUCAUUCAGACGGGAUAUUGGCCAGAUUUCAACUUGGAAAGUGUUUUUUUUAUUUUUGUUAUAAAAAAUAUAUUUAUUUUGAAAAAUCUGACCGAUUUCCUGUGGAAACCCGUGUGGAUCCGCGCCUGUACCCUUAUGGUAGAUUAAGCCUUUUCAACCAUUUGAACCGACUGUUGUUUGAAGAUGAAAAAUACUCUAUCUGGGCAAGUGUGUUUUGAAGUCUCUCUUCCUCAACGCACUAUCAAUAAGCAAAUCGUUGUUUAAGUUGGAGGCAGUCAGCUACUGAAGCUACACCUAAUUUCCCUUCUAUUUCUCCUUUAAAAUAUUUCAGAAAAGCCUAGAUUAUAAAGAUUAUAAAGUUAUCUGUCAUAGGCUCUUCAAGAUAAUAAAUAUUUUGGGCCUGCCGGAAGCAACUGAUGCCGGGUCAUUCUAAAGGCUUACAAACCAAAAAAUUCAGUGAGAUGUACGGGAAUAGACAUUGCAAAACUGGAGAAAACAUGGAAUUCAUUCCGAAAGUCUAAAACUUGUUAUUGACUAGUCGAAAUGUCAAUGAAAAUAGUUUGUGUUGGUAAAACAUGUCUUCCAAUAAAUUGCAUUCCGUAAAUAAUGGUAAAGUUUUGUUGCUGAAAGUACAUUUAGGAUGAUUAAAACAGUUUCCAGUCGCCUGUUGCUUCGUCGGGAUGGCAACAGCCUUAGAAAACAGUCUACAUUUCGAGACGCCACCACUGGUUUCCCUGCGAAAUGACGUAGAGACGAGUGCAGAAAUUCCAUACUGAUGACGCGUCACUACCCAGAUCUGGUUAGUACUUCUGAUUGGUCGUGCCGCGUGGAAAAUUUUCUUCGGCUAGCCAUAUGCACUUACCAGAUCUGGGCAGUGACGCGUCAUCAGUAUGGAAUUUCUGUGCUCGUUUCUCAGACGUCAGUUCGCGGGGAAAAAAGUGGUGGCGUCGCGAAAUGUUAGUUGUUUUGUCAGGUUGGGAUGGCAAUCAAACUUAAAGAUUUUGAAAAAAUCACUAAAAAUAUAUUAUGGUUAGUGAUCCCCGAUCGGAUUACAUUUGUCUGAUGUCGUCUUCAUAACUCUACAGUAGCAUCUUGUGUAUGAUGGAAACGCCAUUAAGUAAUGCCAAGUAAAAAAUGGACCUGAAACAAAAUUCUCGCCACAUUUUCCACCUUGAAGCUCAAAGAGUAACGUGGUUCGAGGUUACUUGCCAAAAUUGUUGCAACUUUUACAGGUUAAUAUGGUAGUAUUCAUUUUGGUUAUGCGCCAAAUGAUGGGGCAAAAUACAUGCAAUUUCUGUGACUUUUACAGGUUAAUAUCGUGGUUUUUAUUUUGGUUAUGCGCCAAAUGAUGGGAACAAAAUAUAUGCAGAACAAGACACAGGUGGAAAAAGUGAGAACUGGAGUCAAGGCCUCUGGGGUCAUUCUUCCAUUGCUUGGAAUCACUUGGCUGUUUGGGUUGUUGAGUUUCAAUUCGGAUACCAUUAUCUUCAAGUAUAUAUUCACCAUAUUCAACUCUCUUCAGGGCCUGAUGAUCUUCAUAUUUCAUUGCAUUCUUAACAAACAGGUAAUACAAGUUUGCUUG